CCAAAAUCGCACCUUUCCCUUUCCCCACCCCGUCCACAGGGAAACUCUCCAAUCCCUAGCACUUCCCUCCUCCGCCGCCGCCUUCAUGCCGCCCCGACGCCGCGGCCGCGGCCGCCGCCGAGCACAGAGCCCAGAGCCCACCUCCCGUCCUCCCUCGCCGCCGCCUUUCAUGCCAGAGCUCACCUCCUGUCCUCCCUCGCCGCCGCCUCCCAUGCCACAGCGCACCUCCUCCCAUGGAAAUCUCCCAGCAACUUCCGCCGCCGCCUCGACGGGCGACCUGAUGCCUGCCUCCUCCUAUGGAAAUCCCCAAGCAACUUCUGCCGCCGCCUCGACGGGCGACGUGAUGCCUGCCUCCUCCUAUGGAAAUCUCCAAGCAACUUCCGCCGCCGCCUCGGCGGGCGACCUGAUGCCUGCCUCCCAAGAUAGGCCUCACGCCUCCCCCUCCCCCUCCACCGGCGACGCUCUCCGUCCACGGCUGCACAUGUCAAGAUGGCGCGAGGAGAGGGAAAGAGAGACAGCACUGUUGGAGACUUCCUCUUCCUCUAUGCCACAAGCUACAAGGCAUGAGGAGAGGGAAAGAGAGACAACACUGGAGGAGACUUCCUCUUCCUCUACACAAACUACAAGGUUUAAGGUGCCAGAUCUCUUGUCAUUGAAGCUUGACAUAAAUCUCUUGGCUGAUUCAUGUAUUUCGACAUUGGUGCCCACUGGUCUUAUGAUAAAAUAUUUUGUGAGAGUUGACAAUGAUGGAAUUUUCCAUACGUAUCCUGACCGUGGUGGACCAUUUGAGAGCAUAAAGGAAGUUCAGGAAGCCAUUGACUCCCACCAUGCUGUUCAGCGAAAAAACAUAUGCAUGGAUGGACUUACCGACGAGGAGAGGGCUAUCCGAUAUGCUCUUUACUGGUAUCAUAAUGGCACACGAAAGCACUCCUAAGAAGCUUUUGAUUCCUGUACGACCAAUCUCCCUACGAAGGAAUUGGUUAAGGCUGUACUCGACAAAUACAACGAGGACAAUGGUCUUGUCGGAGAUCUUGCAUAUGAACUAGAAGAUAUUGUGAGGCACAAAGCAUGUUUUGACGGGAAAGAUUGCAUUUAUAGAUCUUACGCUCAUUUCAAUCUCACUAAAGGACAGACCCAGUGCAUAGAAGCUCCCACACAAGGUGGGGCCUGGGGAGGGAUUAUAGGAACCUAGUCUUACCCCUGCAAAGUGCAAUGCAGAGAGGCUGGUUCGAACCCAGGACCUCUUGGCACAAGUGGGGAGGACUUCACCACUGCGCCAGGCCUGCCCUCUCAUUUCAAUCUCACUAUGAAGACUAAAGGAGCUGCGAACAAGGAUCUGUACUUUGCUGAAGUCACACGUAUGGACGGUGAUUAUGAAGCGUAUGUGCUCACCUGUUUCUGCAUGGUCAAACCUGAUGACAAUGGUGAAUGCCAUGUGUGUGGAGCUGACAUGAAGCACCCUGCUCAUGAUGGAUACAACCGUGGCCGCCCCUUUAUUUCAUAUAGACAUGGUAGACGUCCACGUGGAGUUCCUUUAUUUGAGAAGUUAUUUGCCGUGCGUGAUGAAGCUUGGCUGAAAGAAGAGGAGGAUAGGGUGAGACGUAUGAUCAAGGAAGGGAAGGAGGAACGGCGCAAGUUUCAUACCGGCUAGACGACGGAGGAACUUCUCCCUCCGCCCUAUAGUAUAAGAGCGUUUUUGACACUAGUGAAAUGGAACUUUACUGAAUAGCUUCCAUCUUCAGAACACCACUUGGUGGCGUGUUGUUACUCUGGUUAGGAUUUAAUUAAUCUCCAUCGUUUACCGUUGCACCUAGUAACUUGGUGGCUUUUAUUGAUUGGUUGCUUGUCACUCU